AUGGAGAGCCAAGCAACCCCCUCGUGGGGGCUGUACAAGUACCGGGAACAGCCAUCCUACCUGACGACGAAAUCCGUCGCGGAGACCUUCCUACAGAGCAUGCCCAGCAACCCUGCGGACGUCACGAACGCAAAGAAAAACAAUCCCGCGGGCUACAGCAAGUACAUUUCGAAUAAGUUCCCCCACAACGACCUGGGCUGCCAGUGGGACGCGCAAGCGACUUUGGGCACGAAAAACAUGCUGCGACACAUCACGAAUGUAGGAGUGUUUUAUGCAUGAUUUCUUCUUGAUGAUGUUGCAAAAAGUAGAAGUUGAAUCUCUGUUGAUGCUGCGAACUAACGAAGCAAAAGUACGACGAACCGAUGUCCGCCGCAUGUCACAACCGCUGACCUUGACAACGAGGUCAUGUGUAUACAUAAAAAAUGUUCGUCAUCGUCGUAAGAUCUGUCUCAAAAAGGACCCCACAUCAACAGGUAAACGAUCCGCGCGCGCGUCCGAGUGCGCCUGCCUUGAUGAAAACGACGAAACUGACCGACCUUCGGGACGUCGGGCACUACAAAGCAGGGCAGUACAUACCAGACGCCAAGGAGGGGAAGGGCAUGGUCCCCGGAAACCCAAAUCACCACGUGGUUGCUAGGGAAACGAUGGUUGGAGGUACCAUGCUGAAGGAGUAUCGUAGUUGGAUGUUUUGGACAACUACAUGAACAAAAUUCUUGUACUUGUUGUACUUGCAUCAGUACCGCUAUAGACCGUAAUAAGAUAAGGAGCUCGCCCAGCAAAGAAAGGCUAAACACUUUUCACCAGUAUGCGCAUCUCCCACGACGGUAUCUUCGUAGAGAACGCUCACGUCCAACAGAACUGCAAAUAUAAUCAUGAUGAACAACCUACAGAGCCCAUCAAGGAGAUGCUAAUCUACCCGCGAGACGAGCGCGCGGGAACGGAACCCACGACGCAGCUGAAGCCGGCCACGGGGUGGGUGCCGCCAACGGUCUUAUCAAAUGCAAAAAUGUCUGGGUCUGGAAGAUUCUGAGACUUGUCAUGCAUGUUUUGCAUUGGCCAUGAUGUCCGUGAUGCAUGCCCUAGCAUCACAGAUUUUUUGCGGGCUUCGCGAUGCCUAUUCCGCAUGACAAACGCCCUCUCCGCGCAGCAAAAACUGCAUUCCCUUUGCUGCUCAUGCAAUACAGAUUUUUUUGGAAUCCAAAUUCAGCAUCACAAGUUGCAUUCUUCCAGACCCAGACAUUUUUACAUUUGAUAGGUCUCGCAGGACUACGAAAACAUGAGUCCGGCCCUGAAAUAUGGGAGUGUCAGGAUCGAAAUCGACAAAAUCGAAAAACUUGUGAUGCGUAAACUGUCGGGCACUGAAAGUCUGUAUUGGGGAGCAGGCAAAUGAACCCGAUUGUAAGCCUGUUUUGGGCUACGCAAUGUGCUGCCAGAGUAGCAUGACAGAAGCAGUCUUCUUUGCCCAAACAGCAUGACAGACUGGAUUUGGGCACUCCCGAAAUUUGUCAUGCGCCACUUGGAAACUGAGGCUCCAACUGACAUCGAUUUUGCGCAUCACAAAUUUUUCGAUUUUGUAAAUUUCGACUCUGACACUUCCAUAUGAAAGCGCAGGCCAGUACGGCUUUGGAUCCGACCAUACCCAACAUGGGCGCUAUGGACCUGCAGAGCAUGCUGCCGAAGGAUGAACACUAGGAGGACGACGAGUAUGAAGAAAACGCGACCGAAUCGACUUGCUGUUGCUGCGCUUCUGUUUCUGAUAAUGUACAAUUUGAAUUUACGAACGGAAAACAAAAACUUCUACCCGGAGCUUCUAUGUUGUGUGAUCCUCACGACCACUACGACUACGACUUCUACCCCGUGUCCUUAUUGUUGAACCUCGCUAUAGUUCUCGCUACUACUAGCUUCUGCUACUUAUAUGACACAAGUUUGCUAUUCACAAUGCCAACGAACAAAUGGAAAAAUAACAGCUGUUGGUAGUGCUGAAGUAUUGCCUAUCGAUAAUAUGGUACCAUAUUGCGUGGCGUUAUCAAAUCUUGGUACUGGUGCUGCUGACGCGAAGCAAUACUGAUCUACAGGACCUCCACAAUGUACCCUUAUUCGACUUUGAAAGAAAUGAAAUGUAAAUGUAAAAAAUGUACGCUAGCUUUAUAAAAAGCAAUGGCGCGACGAGCAGGUCGUGGACCAUCAAAAUCAAAUUCAGCGCUGUUGUUAUCGUGGAGCCAAUAUUCCUCAUCUGGUUUCUUG